AGAUGGCGGCAGCUGCGGUGGAGCGGAGAGUGUGAGCGCCGCCCGGGAGCCGCCGGCCCGGGCGCAGUGCGACCCCGACCCCGCCCGCCCGCCUGCCCACCAUGGGCAACGAGGCCAGCCUGGAGGGCGGCGCGGGCGAAGGGCCGCUGCCGCCGGGAGGCUCUGGUCUGGGUCCGGGCCCCGGAGCAGGGAAGCCGCCUUCAGCACUAGCUGGCGGCGGACAGCUCCCCGUGGCUGGUGCUGCGCGAGCGGCGGGACCCCCGACCCCUGGUCUCGGUCUGGUCCCCGGCCCUGGUCCCGGCCCCGGCCCGGGCAGUGUUUCCCGGAGACUGGACCCCAAGGAGCCCCUGGGCAGCCAGAGAGCAACUUCUCCAACCCCAAAGCAAGCUUCUGCUACUGCUCCUGGCCGAGAGAGCCCCCGAGAGACAAGGGCCCAAGGCCUGUCAGGCCAGGAGGCCGAAGGUCCCCGCAGGACACUGCAGGUAGACAGCAGGACACAGAGAUCAGGACGGUCCCCCUCCGUGUCACCAGACAGAGGCAGCACUCCCACAUCACCCUAUUCCGUCCCCCAGAUUGCCCCUCUUCCCAGCAGCACCCUGUGUCCAAUAUGCAAGACAUCGGACCUCACAUCAACCUCCAGCCAGCCAAACUUCAACACCUGCACCCAGUGUCACAACAAGGUCUGCAACCAAUGUGGGUUCAACCCCAACCCUCACCUCACCCAGGUGAAGGAGUGGCUCUGUUUGAACUGUCAGAUGCAGAGGGCCCUGGGAAUGGACAUGACCACUGCACCUCGGUCCAAGAGCCAGCAGCAGCUACACUCCCCGGCCCUGUCUCCUGCCCACUCCCCAGCCAAACAGCCUCUGGGGAAGCCAGAGCAAGAGAGAUCUCGGAGCCCAGGGGCCACACAGUCUGGUCCCCGCCAGGCUGAAGCAGCCAGGGCCACCUCAGUGCCUGGGCCUACCCAGGCAACUGCCCCUCCAGAGGUGGGGAGGGUGUCUCCUCAGCCCCCUCUCUCUACCAAGCCUUCCACAGCUGAGCCCAGGCCACCUGCAGGAGAGGCCCAGGGCAAAAGUGCCACCACAGUGCCCUCCGGGCUUGGUGCUGCUGAACAGACCCAGGAGGGGCUCACCGGGAAGCUCUUUGGCCUUGGAGCAUCACUGCUGACCCAGGCAAGCACCCUUAUGUCUGUGCAGCCAGAGGCUGACACCCAGGGCCAGCCUUCCCCCAGCAAGGGGCCACCCAAGAUUGUCUUCAGUGAUGCCAGCAAGGAGGCGGGUCCAAGACCCCCAGGCUCAGGGCCCGGGCCUGGGCCAACCCCUGGAGCCAAAACGGAGCCUGGGCCUAGAACAGGUCCUGGAUCAGGGCCUGGGGCCCUGGCAAAAACUGGAGGAACCCCCAGUCCAAAGCAUGGCAGAGCAGACCAUCAGGCAGCAUCCAAAGCUGCUGCCAAGCCAAAGACCAUGCCGAAGGAAAGGGCUGCCUGCCCACUGUGCCAAGCCGAGCUCAACGUGGGUAGCAGGGGCCCAGCCAACUACAAUACCUGCACUGCCUGCAAGCUCCGGGUGUGCACCCUGUGUGGCUUUAACCCGACACCACACCUGGUGGAGAAAACAGAGUGGCUCUGUCUGAACUGCCAAACCAAGAGGCUGCUGGAGGGCAGCUUGGGGGAGCCGGCCCCCCUGCCUCUGCCCACCCCACAGCAGCCUCCAGCAGGGGUCCCUCAGCGAGCAGCUGGAGCAAGUCCUCUGAAGCAGAAAGGGCCACAGGGGCCGGGCCAGCCCUCAGGCUCCCUGCCUCCCAAGGCCAGUCCUCAAGCCGCCAAGGCCAGCCCUCAGGCCGCCAAGGCCAGCCCUCAGGCCAAGCCUCUCAGGGCUUCUGAACCCAGCAAGACCUCUAGCAGCGCCCCGGAAAAGAAGACAGGGAUCCCUGUGAAAGCUGAGCCUGUGCCGAAGCCACCUCCAGAGACUGCUGUGCCUCCUGGGACUCCUAAAGCAAAAAGCGGGGUGAAGAGGACCGACCCUGCCACCCCAGUCGUCAAGCCUGUUCCAGAAGCUCCCAAGAGCGGGGAGGCUGAGGAACCUGUCCCCAAGCCUUACUCUCAGGAUCUGUCUCGAAGCCCACAAAGCCUCAGUGAUACAGGCUACUCCUCCGAUGGCGUCUCCAGCUCCCAGAGUGAGAUCACAGGUGUUGUACAGCAAGAAGUGGAGCAACUUGACAGUGCGGGGGUGACAGGCCCACGUCCACCCAGCCCCUCAGAGCUCCACAAAGUGGGCAGUAGUAUGCGCCCUUCCCUGGAGGCCCAGGCUGUGGCUCCCAGUGGUGAGUGGAGCAAGCCACCCAGCGGCAGUGCUGUUGAAGACCAGAAACGGCGUCCCCACUCCCUGUCCAUCAUGCCCGAGGCCUUCGACUCUGACGAGGAGCUGGGGGAUAUUCUAGAAGAGGAUGACUCCUUGGCAUGGGGGCGUCAGAGGGAGCAGCAAGACACAGCUGAGUCUUCAGAUGACUUUGGCAGCCAGCUGAGGCAUGACUACGUGGAAGACAGCAGUGAAGGCGGCUUGUCUCCCCUUCCACCUCAGCCCCCAGCCAGGGCAGAUAUGACUGAUGAAGAGUUCAUGCGGCGGCAGAUCCUAGAAAUGAGCGCCGAGGAAGACAACUUGGAGGAAGACGACACCGCUGUCUCCGGGCGAGGCCUGGCCAAACACGGUGCCCAGAAGGCAAGUGCCAGACCCAGGCCCGAAUCUAGCCAAGAAUCAGUAGCACUGCCCAAGAGGCGCCUGCCCCAUAAUGCCACCACAGGUUACGAGGAACUUCUGUCUGAGGAAGGCCCAGCAGAGCCCACUGACGGAGCCCUUCAGGGAGGUCUCCGACGCUUUAAAACUAUUGAGCUCAACAGCACAGGUAGCUAUGGUCACGAGCUAGACCUGGGCCAAGGCUCUGAUCCCAACCUAGACCGGGAGCCUGAGCUGGAGAUGGAGAGCCUUACAGGCUCGCCUGAAGACCGCUCUCGUGGGGAGCACUCCUCUACACUGCCGGCUUCCACGCCUAGCUAUACAUCUGGCACCUCACCCACCUCCCUGUCUUCCCUGGAGGAGGACAGUGACAGCAGCCCCAGCCGCAGGCAGCGGCUAGAAGAAGCGAAGCAGCAGCGCAAGGCCCGGCACCGGUCCCACGGGCCCCUGCUGCCCACCAUUGAGGACUCUUCCGAGGAGGAGGAGCUGCGGGAAGAAGAGGAGCUGCUGCGUGAGCAAGAGAAGAUGCGGGAGGUGGAACAGCAGCGAAUUCGAAGCACAGCCCGCAAGACCCGGCGUGACAAGGAAGAACUUCGGGCUCAGCGGCGGCGUGAGCGCUCCAAGACACCGCCUAGUAACCUGUCACCCAUCGAAGAUGCGUCCCCUACAGAGGAGCUGAGGCAGGCAGCGGAGAUGGAGGAGCUACACCGCUCUUCCUGCUCUGAGUACUCCCCCUCCCCCUCCCUGGACUCAGAGGCUGAGACCCUCGAUGGCGGCCCCACUCGGCUCUACAAGUCGGGCAGCGAGUACAACCUGCCUGCCUUUAUGUCCCUCUGCUCACCAACCGAGACCCCUUCAGGCAGUUCCACCACGCCCAGUUCUGGACGGCCCCUUAAGAGUGCGGAGGAGGCCUACGAGGACAUGAUGAGAAAAGCUGAGCUGCUCCAGAGACAGCAGGGCCAGGCGGCAGGGGCCCGGGGACCCCAUGGCGGCCCCUCUCAGCCCACAGGCCCCCGCAGCCAGGGCUCCUUUGAAUACCAAGACACCCAAGACCAUGACUAUGGCGGCAGGGCUUCUCAGCCUGCGGCAGAUGGCACGCCCGCAGGCCUCGGAGCAACAGUGUAUGAGGAGAUCCUUCAGACAUCCCAGAGCAUAGCCCGGAUGCGGCAGGCCUCCUCGCGGGAUCUGGCCUUCACUGAGGACAAAAAGAAGGAGAAGCAGUUUCUGAAUGCGGAGAGUGCAUACAUGGACCCAAUGAAGCAAAAUGGUGGCCCACUUACCCCUGGGACUAGCCCCACCCAACUUGCUGCUCCUGUGUCAUUUCCCACUUCCACCUCCUCAGACAGCAGCGGGGGCCGAGUUAUUCCCGAUGUCAGAGUCACUCAGCAUUUUGCAAAAGAGCCUCAGGAGCCUCUCAAGCUACAUAGCUCUCCUGCCUCUCCCAGUCUGGCCUCUAAGGAGGUAGGCAUGACCUUCUCCCAGGGUCCUGGAACUCCAGCCACCACAGCCAUGGCGCCUUGUCCAGCCAGCCUUCCACGGGGGUAUAUGACUCCAGCCGGCCCUGAGCGCAGCCCAUCAACAUCUUCCACAAUACACAGCUAUGGACAGCCCCCAACCACUGCUAACUAUGGGUCUCAGACGGAGGAGCUGCCUCACGCUCCCAGUGGCCCUGCUGGAAGUGGGCGGGCCUCCAGAGAGAAGCCUCUGAGUGGGGGUGAUGGUGAGGUUGGUCCCCCCCAGCCUUCUCGGGGAUAUUCUUAUUUUACGGGCUCUAGCCCACCUCUCUCUCCAUCCACCCCCUCCGAGAGCCCCACCUUCUCUCCAAGCAAGCUGGGUCCAAGGGCCACAGCAGAGUUCUCUACACAGACGCCAAGCCUAACGCCUUCCUCUGACAUUCCACGGAGCCCUGGCACCCCUUCCCCCAUGGUAGCCCAAGGCACGCAGACGCCACACCGACCUAGCACUCCUCGCUUGGUGUGGCAGCAGUCUUCCCAGGAGGCUCCUGUUAUGGUCAUCACGCUAGCUUCAGAUGCUUCUAGCCAGACCCGAAUGGUACACGCCAGUGCCUCUACUUCCCCUCUGUGCUCGCCUACGGACUCUCAGCCUGCCUCCCAUAGCUACAGCCAGACCACACCCCCAAGUGCAUCUCAAAUGCCCUCAGAACCAGCUGGGCCACCUGGUUUCCCACGAGCACCCAGUGCUGGUGUAGACGGGCCAUUGGCGCUGUAUGGCUGGGGUGCCCUCCCUGCUGAAAACAUCUCCUUAUGCCGGAUCUCCUCUGUCCCUGGAACAUCUAGAGUUGAGCCGGGCCCCAGGCCCCCGGGCACCGCAGUGGUCGACCUUCGCACGGCUGUCAAGCCCACACCCAUUAUCCUUACCGACCAGGGCAUGGAUCUGACCUCUCUUGCUGUGGAAGCAAGGAAGUAUGGCCUUGCCCUGGAUCCAGUUCCAGGCCGCCAGUCAACCGCCGUGCAGCCUCUAGUUAUUAACCUCAAUGCCCAAGAGCAGACCCAUACCUUCCUGGCCACUGCCACCACAGUGAGCAUCACCAUGGCCUCAUCUGUGCUCAUGGCGCAGCAAAAGCAACCAGUGGUAUAUGGAGAUCCUUUCCAGAGCCGCCUCGACUUUGGCCAGGGUUCAGGUAGCCCUGUGUGCCUGGCCCAGGUCAAGCAAGUAGAGCAGGCUGUCCAGACAGCCCCAUACCGAGGUGGGCCCAGGGGAAGACCCAGGGAGGCUAAGUUCGCCAGGUAUAACCUUCCCAACCAGGUAACACCUCUGGCCAGAAGGGACAUUCUGAUCACUCAGAUGGGCACUGCCCAGAGUGUUAGCCUGAAGCCAGGACCAGUGCCAGAGCCUGGUGCUGAACCCCACCGGGCUACUCCUGCAGAGCUCCGGGCACAUGCUCUACCAGGUACCAGGAAGCCACACACAGUGGUGGUGCAGAUGGGAGAGGGCGCAGCCGGCACGGUGACUACCCUGCUCCCAGAAGAGCCAGCAGGAGCCCUGGACCUCACUGGGAUGAGGCCCGAGAGCCGACUGGCAUGCUGUGACAUGGCCUAUAAGUUUCCCUUUGGCAGUAGCUGCACUGGUACCUUCCAUCCUGCCCCUAGUGCACCUGACAAGAGUGUGACAGAUGCUGCCCUGCCUGGCCAAAGCAGUGGCCCCUUCUACAGUCCCAGAGACCCUGAGCCUCCUGAGCCCCUCACCUUCCGGGCACAAGGGGUCGUAGGACCUGGGCCCCAUGAAGAACAGAGGCCCUACCCACAGGGCUUGCCCGGUAGGCUCUACUCCUCCAUGUCUGACACCAAUUUGGCUGAAGCUGGUCUCAACUACCACGCCCAGAGGAUUGGGCAGCUCUUCCAGGGCCCUGGGAGGGACUCAGCUGUGGAUCUCAGCUCGCUGAAGCAUUCUUACAGCUUAGGCUUCGCUGAUGGACGCUACUUGGGGCAGGGCUUACAGUAUGGCUCGUUCACGGACCUGCGCCACCCCACAGACCUUUUGUCUCACCCACUGCCCAUGAGGCGCUACAGCUCUGUGUCAAACAUCUAUUCGGAUCACCGGUACGGCCCACGGGGAGAUGCCGUCGGCUUUCAGGAGGCCAGCCUGGCCCAGUACAGUGCCACCACAGCCCGCGAGAUCAGCCGCAUGUGUGCCGCCCUCAACUCCAUGGACCAGUACGGUGGGCGGCAUGGCGGUGGAAGUGGUGGGCCCGACCUUGUGCCGUAUCAGCCCCAGCACGGGCCUGGACUCAAUGCUCCACAGGGUCUGGCUUCCCUUAGAUCUGGCCUCCUCGGCAACCCCACCUACCCAGAAGGGCAACCAAGUCCUGGGAACCUUGCUCAGUACGGGCCUGCAGCAAGCCAAGGAACAGCAGUCAGACAGUUGCUCCCAUCCACAGCAACAGUGCGUGCAGCCGAUGGCAUGAUCUACUCGACUAUCAAUACCCCAAUCGCUGCAACACUGCCCAUCACCACCCAGCCUGCCUCAGUACUGCGGCCCAUGGUGCGUGGUGGCAUGUACAGGCCUUACGGAUCUGGCGGAGUCACAGCUGUGCCCCUUACCAGCCUGACCCGGGUGCCCAUGAUUGCCCCUCGGGUACCUCUUGGACCAGCAGGGUUAUACCGCUAUCCUGCACCAAGUCGAUUCCCCAUCGCUUCCACCAUUCCACCCGCUGAAGGACCUGUCUAUUUGGGAAAGCCAGCAGCCGCCAAGGCCUCGGGGGCAGGAGGCCCGCCAAGGCCUGAGCUACCAGCAGGGGGUGCUCGAGAAGAACCUCUCUCCACAACUGCCCCUCCUGCUGUCAUCAAGGAAGCCCCGGUGGCCCAGGCCCCGGCCCCACCACCAGGCCAAAAGCCAGCAGGAGAUGCUGCUGCUGGGAGUGGCAGUGGAGUCCUCGGCCGGCCUGUGAUGGAGAAGGAGGAGGCAUCUCAGGAGGACCGGCAGCGAAAGCAACAGGAGCAGCUGCUGCAGCUGGAGCGGGAACGGGUAGAGUUGGAAAAGCUCCGGCAGUUGCGGCUACAGGAGGAGCUGGAGCGAGAGAGGGUGGAGCUGCAGAGGCAUCGUGAGGAGGAGCAGCUGCUGGUGCAGAGAGAGUUGCAGGAGCUCCAGACCAUCAAGCACCAUGUUCUGCAGCAGCAGCAAGAAGAGCGCCAAGCUCAGUUCGCACUGCAGCGCGAGCAGCUGGCACAGCAGCGGCUGCAGCUAGAGCAGAUCCAGCAACUGCAGCAGCAGCUGCAGCAGCAGCUAGAGGAGCAGAAACAGAGGCAAAAGGCCCCCUUUCCUGCAACCUGUGAGGCGCCUAGCCGAGGGCCUCCCCCCGCUGCUACCGAGCUGGCCCAGAACGGCCAGUAUUGGCCACCAUUGACCCACACAGCCUUCAUCGCCGUGGCAGGAACCGAAGGGCCUGGGCAAGCUCGUGAGCCCGUGCUGCACAGGGGCCUCCCCAGCUCUGCCUCAGACAUGUCCCUGCAAACUGAGGAGCAGUGGGAGGCAGGCCGUAGUGGCAUCAAGAAACGUCACUCUAUGCCACGCCUGAGAGACGCCUGUGAACCAGAGUCAGGCCCUGAUCCCAGCACGGUCAGGAGGAUUGCAGACAGCAGUGUUCAGACAGAUGAUGAGGAGGGCGAGGGCCGCUACCUCCUGACCCGUAGGCGCAGGACACGGCGCAGUGCCGACUGCAGUGUGCAGACAGAUGACGAGGACAAUGCCGAAUGGGAGCAGCCUGUCCGCCGCCGCAGGUCUCGUCUUUCCCGUCACUCAGACUCAGGCUCUGACAGCAAGCACGAGGCCUCGGCCUCAUCGUCCGCUGCUGCCGCUGCGGCGAGGGCCAUGAGCAGUGUGGGUAUCCAGACCAUCAGUGACUGCUCUGUACAGACAGAGCCUGAGCAGCUGCCCAGGGUCUCACCAGCCAUCCACAUCACAGCCGCCACUGACCCAAAGGUGGAGAUCGUCAGAUACAUAUCAGCACCAGAAAAGACUGGGCGAGGGGAGAGCCUGGCCUGCCAGACAGAACCCGAUGGGCAGGCUCAGGGUGUGGCUGGGCCACAGCUCAUAGGACCAACUGCCAUCAGCCCCUACCUACCUGGCAUCCAGAUAGUCACCCCAGGAGCCCUAGGCAGAUUUGAAAAGAAGAAGCCAGAUCCUCUGGAGAUUGGGUACCAGGCCCACCUGCCCCCGGAGUCCCUGUCGCAGCUUGUGAGCCGCCAGCCUCCCAAGUCUCCACAAGUGCUCUACUCACCAGUGUCGCCACUGUCCCCACACCGGCUCCUGGACACCUCGUUUGCUUCCAGUGAGAGGCUGAACAAGGCUCAUGUGAGUCCCCAGAAGCAGUUCAUAGCUGACAGCACUCUUCGCCAGCAGACUCUGCCGCGCCCCAUGAAGACCCUGCAGCGGUCCCUGUCCGACCCUAAGCCCCUGAGCCCCACCGCCGAGGAGUCUGCCAAAGAGAGAUUCUCCCUCUACCAGCACCAGGGGGGACUAGGUAGCCAGGUGUCGGCGCUGCCACCCAACGGCCUGGUCCGCAAGGUGAAGCGGACACUGCCCAGCCCCCCUCCAGAGGAAGCUCACCUUCCCCUGGCUGGCCAGGUGCCCUCACAGCUGUAUGCAGCCAGUCUGCUGCAGCGAGGGUUGGCGGGGCCCACCACCGUCCCUGCUACCAAGGCCAGCCUGCUCCGGGAGCUGGACCGGGACCUGCGGCUGGUGGAGCAUGAAUCCACCAAGCUGCGCAAGAAGCAGGCGGAGUUGGACGAGGAGGAGAAGGAGAUUGAUGCCAAGCUCAAGUACCUGGAGCUGGGCAUCACCCAGCGCAAAGAGUCUUUGGCCAAAGACCGGGUUGGCCGUGACUACCCACCUUUACGUGGCCUUGGUGAGCAUCGUGACUACCUGUCUGACAGCGAGCUCAACCAGCUGCGGCUCCAGGGUUGUACCACGCCCGCUGGCCAGUAUGUGGACUACCCUGCCUCAGCUGCUGUGCCUGCCACCCCCUCUGGCCCCACUGCCUUCCAACAGCCCCGGUUCCCACCUGCAGCCACACAGUACACUGCAGGCAGUAGUGGACCAACUCAGAAUGGAUUUCUAGCCCACCAGGCACCUACCUACACUGGCCCUAGCACGUACCCAGCACCUACCUACCCUCCUGGAACGAGUUAUCCAGCUGAGCCUGGCCUGCCAAGCCAACCGGCUUUCCACCCCACAGGCCAUUACGCAGCCCCAACGCCCAUGCCAACCACGCAGAGCGCCCCUUUUCCAGUCCAAGCUGACAGUCACGCUGCCCACCAGAAGCCGCGCCAGACCUCACUGGCUGAUUUGGAGCAGAAGGUUCCCACCAAUUAUGAAGUGAUCAGCAGCCCUGCUGUAACCGUGUCCUCAACCCCCUCUGAGACCGGCUACAGUGGUCCAGCUGUGAGCAGCAGCUACGAGCACGGUAAAGCCCCUGAGCAUCCCCGGGGUGGUGAUCGAAGCAGUGUGAGCCAGAGCCCAGCCCCUACAUAUCCCUCUGACUCCCAUUACACCAGUCUGGAGCAGAACGUUCCCCGAAACUAUGUGAUGAUCGAUGACAUCAGUGAGCUAACCAAGGACAGCACCCCCACUGCCUCGGAUAGCCAACGGCCAGAGCCCUUGGGCCCAGGUGGAGUCAGUGGGCGUCCCGGGAAGGAUCCCGGAGAACCAGCUGUCCUAGAGGGACCCACUCUGCCCUGCUGCUAUGGCAGAGGUGAGGAAGAAUCUGAGGAGGACUCAUAUGACCCCCGUGGCAAAUCUGGUCAUCACCGGAGCAUGGAGAGCAACGGCCGACCAGCCAGCACCCACUAUUACAGUGACAGUGACUAUAGACAUGGGGCUCGAGCAGACAAGUAUGGCCCAGGACCCAUGGGGCCAAAGCAUCCCUCUAAGAACCUGGCCCCGGCUGCCAUCUCCUCCAAGCGCAGCAAGCACCGGAAGCAAGGCAUGGAGCAAAAGAUCUCCAAGUUCUCACCUAUCGAGGAGGCCAAGGACGUGGAAUCAGACCUGGCCUCCUAUCCCCCACCCACCGUCAGCAGCAGCCUGACCUCUCGGAGCAGAAAGUUCCAAGACGAAAUCACCUAUGGGCUCAAGAAGAAUGUGUAUGAACAGCAGAGGUACUACGGGGUGUCCAGCCGGGACACAGCCGAGGAGGAUGACCGCAUGUAUGGUGGUAGCAGCCGGUCCCGAGUGGCAUCGGCAUACAGUGGGGAGAAGCUGUCCAGCCAUGAUUUCAGCAGCCGAAGCAAAGGGUAUGAACGGGAACGGGAGACUGCAGAGCGACUUCAAAAGGCGGGGCCCAAGCCCUCAUCCCUGAGCAUGGCUCAUGGACGGGCACGGCCCCCCAUGAGGAGCCAGGCCUCUGAAGAGGAGAGCCCUGUCAGCCCCUUAGGGCGGCCCCGUCCCGCAGGGGGCGCUCUUCCUCCUGGGGAUACCUGCCCACAGUUCUGCUCCAGCCACUCCAUGCCGGACGUCCAGGAGCACGUCAAGGACGGACCGCGCGCCCACGCAUAUAAGCGUGAGGAGGGCUACAUCUUGGAUGACUCCCACUGCGUGGUUUCGGACAGUGAAGCGUAUCACCUGGGCCAGGAGGAGACAGACUGGUUUGAUAAGCCCCGAGAUGCCCGCUCCGACCGGUUCAGGCACCAUGGGGGGCAUACAGUCUCCUCCUCCCAGAAGCGAGGCCCUGCCAGGCACAGCUACCAUGACUACGAUGAGCCCCCUGAGGAGGGCCUGUGGCCUCAUGAUGAGGGUGGUCCAGGCCGGCAUACCUCAGCCAAGGAGCACCGGCACCACGGUGACCACGGGAGGCACUCAGGCCGCCAUGCUGGUGAGGAGCCAGGGCGCCGUGCUGCCAGACCACAUGCUCGGGACAUGGGUCGCCACGAGACCCGGCCUCACCCUCAGGCCAGCCCUGCCCCUGCCAUGCAAAAGAAGGGUCAGCCUGGGUACCCCAGCUCUGCUGAUUACUCACAGCCAUCCCGGGCUCCGUCAGCAUACCACCAUGCCUCUGACAGCAAAAAGGGCUCCCGGCAGGCCCACUCUGGGCCUACUGUACUGCAGCCAAAGCCAGAAGCCCAGGCACAGCCACAGAUGCAAGGUCGGCAGGCGGUUCCGGGACCGCAGCAAUCACAGCCACCAUCGUCCAGGCAGACGCCCUCAGGCACAGCAUCACGCCAGCCACAGACACAGCAGCAGCAGCAGCAGCAGCAGCAGCAGCAACAGCAACAGCAACAGCAGCAACAGCAAGGUCUUGGGCAACAAGCUCCCCAGCAGGCUCCAUCACAGGCUCGGCUACAGCAACAGAGCCAGCCAACCACCCGGAGCACAGCCCCUGCUGCCAGCCACCCAGCAGGGAAACCUCAACCAGGCCCCACCACAGCCCCAGGGCCCCAGCCAGCAGGACUGCCACGUGCAGAGCAGGCAGGCAGCUCCAAACCGGCAGCCAAAGCGCCCCAGCAGGGGCGCGCUCCUCAGGCCCAGUCAGCUCCAGGACCUGCAGGGGCGAAGACUGGAGCCAGGCCUGGGGGGACCCCAGGGGCUCCUGCUGGUCAGCCAGCGGCAGAAGGAGAGAGUGUAUUUUCUAAGAUCCUCCCUGGUGGGGCAGCAGAGCAAGCCGGAAAGCUGACAGAAGCUGUCUCUGCUUUUGGCAAAAAAUUUUCCUCAUUCUGGUGAUUGUGUCCAGAAGGGCUCCUGAAGACCUGAAGAAAGACAAUCUCAUUGCUGUGGAAAAAUCUCUGGAGUCAGAGGCCUGGGUGCAGCUCUGGACUCUGCGUAUAACGCAUCCACAACCUGGCAAACCUUUGGCCCAAAGAUUCACACCAUGUGGGCCCCACCCAGCAGGCAGGCCUCGGCCGAGCAUGAGAAUGCAAUGUUUUCUAACAGCAGCGACCUAGGUGAAGCAUCUGCUUGCUGGACCAAUGGGACCAUUGGCUUGGGGGAACCUUUCAUGUCUUUCAAGAGACCCUGCCUUACUCAGGCCAGCCGUCCUUGGGAGAGAGGAGCCCUCGCCAGAAUGCGGUUGCUGCUGAGGCUGUCCGCUGCUUUUCCUGCAGCCUCCUGUGGCCUGGGCAGCCAGGCUUCCAACGCGUUAUACACAGAGUUUGGGUGCACACUACCCUCCCUCUAAGACACCAGAAGUUUUUUCCACAGCCUUGGAGAGGGGCUUUGACUGAGGGCUGGAGCCCUAGGCUCCGAUUCCUUCACAUUCCAGCUGGCCCGGAUCCCUCUGUGGCCAUGAGGCCUUGCCCGCUUCACCCUGCUCUGUGGGCGACAAUGGAGCAGACCUCCACAUGGCCAGCAUGGGUUUGGGAGAACUUUACAAACAUUAGGACCUAACACUGUCUCAUCGCUGAAACAAGAGGCCAUAGCACCGAAAAGCAGCGUGGGCACCGGCUGAGGCUUCUCCCAGCCCAUGGAUGGCAGCGUAACUAAGCAUGCCUGCCAUCCUCUUAAAGCCAUCCCCCCAGCCAUUGUGAGCAUCCCAGCAACACCGCCAUUGUCUCGACCAGCCGGCCCCUCGGCUCCUCAUCUGUACACCUGGGGAUUUCUUUUGAUUUCAGGAACAGCCUUAAUCAUUCCAGUUUGAUUUACAUGUAUACCUCACAAACUUUUUUUUUGUUUUAUUUUUUUCUUUCCCUUUCUUUGCUUUUAUCCCUCUGUCUCUUCCUCCACCUCCACCCCCACCUCGUGAUGGAUGGUUUGGUUUCCUCUCUGCUCUGCCCCUGCUCAGCACAGGGAGAAAUGUUGAUUUAGAAGCAAUAGCGGGCAGCCGGCCACCAAGAGCACAAACCCAGGGCGAGGUCUAGGGAGGCUCCUCCGCCCGCCUGUUUACUGUGCAAUUCCAGUCCUCUUAAGCCAUCAGCAGUAGGUGUGCUCAGAGCAGAGGAGCCAAGGGGAAGGUUCAGAGCCCUGUGAGGUAAAGGGGAGUAUGACACCGUCCAUUCACCCGGGGGACUGGGCUACACACCUCCCCAAAGCCCUUCCCUCGGAGGCCUCCCUUCAUCUCGGGCCCAGCCACAAGUCUCAUCUCUAAUGUUCUAUGCAAUGAAAUAUAAACCCUCAAAGACAACUGUUAAUAUUUAAUAAAUUCCAUGUUACAUAUAAGGAGUUAAUUGCAAACACGCAGUUGAGAAACUGGAUAGCUCUAUCUGCUCAUACCACCGCCCCAGCCUGAUCCUUGUCCCCACUUUCCGUGUGUGUACGUGUGAGAGCGAAAACGAGAGCAUGUAUGUACAUGUGUGUGCGUGCGUGUAUGUUUGUGUGUGUGCGCGGGCGUGCGUGUGUAAAUUCUAAGUCUGUGGCAUGUUUGACCUGUGGCAGGACUCGCUGCUUGCCAGGUGACCCACCGCCUGUCUCGCAGUGGAGCAUGCACAGCUCGAAGCUUCUUUGCACGAUUUCAUUCAUUUUAAAUGCUCGACCUCUUGCUUGGAGUUCUUUUUGCCUCCAAACCUCUCCCUUAAGAGCGCUUCUCCCUGACUUCGGGACACGCUAGUGAAGACCUCCCAGAACUGCCUGAAUAUGCCAGGCCAUGGAGCAGGCCGUGCGGCCCCAUACACCUUGCAGUUUUUAAUCUGUGUGCGACAGCAGAUUAAAAACAAACAAACCAACCAACCUUAGAAAAGACAGAGAGAGGAGCCCGCACAGGAUGCAUGCAUAUGAACAUUCUAUGGGUCUGCUACAGGAUCUCUACCUGUGUAUCAUUUUUCCCUCCUAUCCUAGGCCUGAGCCAAAAGAAUCUGGUCACCACUCCCCAGUUGGACACUGCUCAAGAACAAAGCUGGGGUACAUCUGUGGAGAGGCAGCAGCCAAGGGAUCCUGGCUGUGCCCUACAAUCCCUAGAUCUUGGCCCUGCUCUAUGUCUCUCCUUUGUGAUGUGGAGCCUCAAAGGACUGUGAUCCAAGAGAUCUGGAAUGGAGCCAGGGGUCAUAGGGUACCCAGGAAGAGAUGGCUGAAAAUAUCAUUCGGAAAAUAACAUCCACAUAAGUAACAGCUUCAAGCUGAGCUCAGGUUUCUCAGGAGCAAAGCUUACCGAAGGGUCUGUGUAACCCUCUCCACAUCUGCCCCAGGACUUGCCUCCUCGGAAACCUAAGUAUUACACUGUUGUCAGUAUCUCCCUCACUGGUCCAGGAGUAGAGCAGACAGUACCUGCAUGACCCCUAAUGUCUGGCCUGCCUCCAGAGAGUUUUGGUGUACACCACGCAUUUCUCAGGGGUUCACAUGUCUCAUGCUUUUUUUUUUUUAACAAGGCUUAUAACUCCUUUAGAGUGGGACCCUGUCCACCGUUGGCAGCUGUGGAUGGGACACUGAAAACUGUGUUGGACUUAAGAGCCUGAAUUCCCAGGAUUUAGCUUUCUUCCCACUAUGUAAUAUCUCAGUAUCUCAAGUUUGAUCUCAGAGAUCAAACUUGGGUUAUAUGGGGCCAUCUCUAUAAGGGCUGAAGAAGGCCCUCAUCGAGGAACUCACAGGCCCAGGUGUGUGCAGGAUGUGCCCAGUGUUCAGAUCCUUGGGAUCGUGGCAGUAUCCCUUCCCACUCAUAGUCAGGACUAGGAGAUGAGAGCAGGCAGGGAUCCACAGGUCAACCUCUGGCAGCACCCCUAGGCUCAAAAGUAUUAAUUUUACACCAAAUUUCUUUUCUGGCUAAACUCCAAGUUUGACAUUUCUGAUAUCUGCUACUCUACCCCUGGCUGUGCUCACAGGACAGAUAUUUGCCCCCUUGUGAUUAUGACAGCAGACUGCAAUAGUCUUCUAGGUCAUAGGUAUCCCGGGCUCUUGUGUUGACCCUGGGGCUCGGGGAUGAGUGUUUGCUGCUGUGGGACAUGAUAAGCAAUGGGUGCAUCUCCAAAUGGGUAAGAAGUCUCUGGGUAGAGUCCAGAUCUUCUCCAUUUUCCCCUCUCGGUGUCAUAAGCAAGGGUACCCACCUCUGCCCACCCACGGCCUCAACACACUCACGUCAUAGUGAUGGUCCUCGCACCAUCCUCUUCCUAUUCUUUGGGUAGGGUGAAUGGACUCAGGGCUCACAAUGAGAGAACAGCUAGGGCAGCCAUUCUGGCCUGUAUUCUGGAGCCUAUGGGGAGUUUUCUAGGCAGGUCCAUGCCAUAGAGUGCAGUCCUGCCCAUAGCCCUUCUCCCCCCAUACUGUAAAUAAUUUGUCAUCAUGGACUCCAACAGGGUCGGAGGGACAGAUAUAACCAAUUGAAAUUCUCUGAAGAUGCCAUCUGUCUCCCGGGGUGCCAGCGCCUGCUAUCAUGUGCACCAAGUGGCACUGGAGAGCCAUAGAAGUCAUAAGAUACUGUAUGUGUAAGCACAUGUACAUGAAUGUGUGUGUGUGUGUAUGUGUGUGUGUAAGUGUGUGUGCGUGUGUGCACGAGUCUCAUUCAGCCUCUGGGGUCAAAUCAGCUCCUCUCCUCUCCUCUACUCCUGGAGAGUAGUGACCAUCAACAUUUUCCCCUUCUAGCUUCUAUGUCUUGUUUUUGCUUUCCCUCCCCCCUCCUCCCCUCUCCUUCCUUCUCUCCUUCUUUAUUUGAGGGGGAAGAGUGCUGUACAAAGUCAAACAAACAAGUUUACAGUUGUAAGUGCAAUGACCCGAGUCCUCCACAUGACCUUGUGAAUUGUGUGCCGUCCUCCUGUGCUCUGUGAGAACUCGUGGUACUUCAGUGUCCCUCCCCUGUACUGUGACAAGGUAUUUCUGUGGUAUCAGAAUAAAAGGACUUGAUAUAAACAAC